CCGGUCGGCGGGUUCGGGGAGGCGCAAACCUGGUGAUUUCUUGCGAGACGGUUACUCGUCGAGUUCAUUUUCAUUCAAUCUCCCGUUGGUGUUGGAGAGUUCGAGACCGGCGUGUGCGCGUUCGAUUAACCGGAAACCCCGACCAGACGACUACAAUAUAAAAUAUACAAUACUAAGCGAUAGAAUCGCCAUCAUACGAAGAGCCGGCCGUGCGAAUUUCUAGUGAGGAGAGAAGGAGAGUUGCGGGGUCGACGUGUCGAAGAAGAACAUCACGAUGAACGGCGUGGAGCACCACACCAACGGCGAUUCGAACGGUUGCGGCGACAUCAUCACCCAGAACCAGCAGAAGGGCUGCUGGACGAUCGGCCUGAUCAACUCCAAAUUCCGCUAUCUGACCGCCGAAUCGUUCGGUUUCAAGAUCAACGCCAACGGCACGUCGCUGAAGAAGAAGCAAAUCUGGACGUUGGAACCCGACCAAACAGGCGCCGGAGAUAGUUUGAUCUAUCUGAGGUCGCAUUUGGAUAAAUAUUUAGCAGUGGAUUCGUUCGGUAACGUCACCUGCGAGAGCGACGUGAAGGAUCCCGGUUGCAAGUUCCAAAUCAGCGUCGCUGAAGAUGGUACCGGUAGAUGGGCCUUGAGGAACUUAGUUAGAGGGUACUUCUUGGGCGCUUCUGCGGAUAAACUCACCUGCACGGCGAAGGUGCCGAGCGACGCGGAAUUCUGGAACGUCCAUCUGGCGGCCCGGCCGCAGAUGAACCUGCGCUCGGUGGGCAGGAAGCGCUUCGCCCAUCUGUCGGAGAACCUCGACGAGAUCUACGUGGACGCCAACGUGCCGUGGGGCGAGGACACGCUGUUCACGUUGGAGUUCCGGUCGGAGGAGAGCGGCAAGUACGCCGUACACACCUGCAACAACAAGUAUUUAUCCAUGAACGGCAAGCUGGUGGACGAGUGCUCGAAGGAUUGCUUGUUCACGGCGGAGUAUCACAGCGGGCAGCUGGCGUUGCGCGACCGCACCGGCCAGUAUUUGAGCCCCAUCGGGUCCAAGGCGGUGCUCAAGACGCGCUCGAAUACUGUCACCAAAGAUGAGCUCUUCUCGUUGGAGGAUUCGCUGCCCCAGGCUAGUUUUGUAGCUGCUUUGAACGCCAGAUUCGUCUCCGUCAAGCAAGGUGUGGACGUCACGGCUAAUCAAGAGGAAAUCUCCGAUCACGAAACCUUCCAAUUGGAAUUCGACUGGAGCACCAAGAGAUGGUACAUUCGCACCAUGCAGGACAGGUACUGGACCCUAGAGACCGGCGGCGGGAUCCAAGCGUGCGGUGAUAAAAGAUCGUCGAACGCUCUGUUCGAUUUAUCGUGGCAAAGCGACGGCUCGGUGGCGUUUAGAGCGAACAACGGCCGUUACGUCAUCACGAAGCGCUCCGGCCAUUUGUACGCAACUUCGGACACCGUCGACGACACCUGCAAGUACUAUUUCUACCUCGUCAACCGGCCCAUUCUGGUGCUCAAGUGCGAACAGGGCUUCGUCGGCUACAAGUCGCCCGCCAAUCCCAAGCUCGAAUGCAACAAGGCCGCCUACGAGUCGAUACAAGUCGAAAGGGGCGACAAGGGCGUCGUUUAUUUCAAAAAUCAUAAUGGGAAGUACUGGCACGCGGAUAGCGAGUGUAUUUCGGCGGAAUCGGACACGCCGGAGGGAUUCUACUUGGAGCUGAGAGAGCCGACGAGGCUGUGCAUCAAAACGGCGGCGGGGAAUUACCUGGUUGCUAACAAGAACGGGGGAUUCCGCGUCGGAGACGCCGCCUUGGCGGGGGCCACCCAGUGGGAGUACUAGGAUGUCGCGAAAAAGAGGAUGCGAUGACGUUGUUAUGUAUACGGGGUGUUGCGGUGUUUCGCCGACUUUUGCGUAGAACUCGAAGUAUGUCAUAUGUCAUAUGUCGGAAUAUUUAAAUUGUUCUGUGGAUGAUUUUAGUCGGUGAUGUACAUCGCGACAUUCUGUAUAUACGUGUAUUAAUUUUUUUUUUCAUUGAUUUUUUGUGCACGUUAUUUUUCUAAAGUUCUAUUUAUUUCGAAAAUGUAGAUGAUAGUUUUAAAUGAUUUAAGCUAGUUGUUUAGGGACGGUGUUUUUGUUUAUGUAUUUUGUUUUUUUCGAUGUGAUGUAACCGAAAUUGCGGUGUAAUUUAUAAGGAGAUUUUUCAACUGCCAAAACAACCAUAAAUGGCCUUCGUUUUCCUACGAUUUAUACCAAAACGACUCGUGUGUAAAUAAUUUUUUUACUGCUUAUCAAAAUGUAUCGGCGGGGCCUGUUUUGGUACCGUUCGGAACUCGAACUGAUGUAGUUUUGUAACCGUUUUUGCAAUUUGUAAUAUCUUUUUUUUCACGUAUUAUUAAUAAUUAUUAUUACAUGUAUUCGUCGACGAAAUUAGCGUAUUUACCAGUCGAAGCAUUUACUAAUUCUUAGGGUCAAAGUUGAAUAUACCGAUUAUUUUUUACAUAUCUUUAGACGUUAAGGCUUCUGUAAUUUUUUUUGUAUUUUUUUACGGCUUGUUUUCCUAGCGAACUCGUAUAUUUGAUAGUAUUUUGUAUGAUAAUCCCGAAAUUAUAAAAUACAUAAUUGUACGCAAUAA